GUGUGUGUGUGUGAGUGUUAAUAGCAGCUAAACCACCUGCAAGAACUGCACCACCGUCCCCCUUCUGUUUAAAGAGAUGGCGCUCAGUGCAGCCUGGAGCUGCGCCUUGGCGCUGCUUGCAACGCUUUGCGCUCUGCCCGCUGCUACGCAAGCGGAGUAUCCAGGUGUUAUCGAGCUGGUGGGCUAUAGCAAUAGACGUGCGCGCACCCACUUUAUGGAGAGUCCCAGCUAUCCGACACUAACGCCGCCAGCAUCGAAGACACGCGCCGACAUCGAAACUGUGAAGCGUAACAUGAAGAAAUACGAUCGUCUGCUGGAGUUGGAUACGAAGAAUUUGCCAGAGCCGCAAAAGGAUAUGCUGGCCAGGAUUGUGGAGCGUGUGGCCAGGCUCAAGGAGACAUUGGACAUUGAGGAGCAGCAGCUGAUACAGCAGGAGGCAACCUCGGCGAGAAGCAACAGUGGCAGCAGCAGCAGCAGCAACAGCAGCAACAGCAGCACACAGCAGCUGUCUACAGAGGAGUCAGAGGUCAGCACAUUGCCAACCACCGGCUACACUGAAGCCGAAACGGAUCCGACACUGCUGCUGGAUGAGACAACGUUGCUGGAGCUGCAGAACACCAUGAAUGAGCAGGCAGCGCUGCAGGCCGAGGUCACGGCGCAGACAAUGCUCAUGAAGGAGCUGCCCACGACCACAGAUGUGAGUGAGACGACGGCAACAACUUUCGGAAACAGCGCCGAGGAAACACAAUCCACAGAGCAGCUGGAUCAGCAAGAGGAACUGGAGCAGUCGACAACGAGUGGAGACGCUUUAACCGAUGCCACCGAUCCGGACGAUCAAUUUGUUGCCGCACGCUCGAAUAACAACAUCGCUGCCAUCACAGCAGCUGACCCAGAGCCCAACACGAGCACCACCUCAAGUGCUGGCAAUCAACGCACUCUGAGCACCAUGGGCAAGCAUAAGCUGAGACCCACCAAGCGACCCUUCGGCCACAAGGUGACGGCGGCAUUGAAGCGUGGCCCACAGCAGCAGCGGCCCAGCAGCGUUAGCGCAGCAGCUGCCAAUGCAGCAGCCCAGUCAAAGCCACCGAUUAAUGCAGGCAACAACAAACAGAAGUUGAGUGGCAGCAGCAGCAGCUAUCAGAAGCUAUCAACCAAGCCGCAGCAGCAGAAGGUAACGCCAGCUGGCUCCACCAAUCCUGCCACAUUGACAACUGCCAAUUCACCUGCGCCUGCCUUGCCCAUAGAGCAGCUAUACACGCGCACGCCACAAGCUAAUAUACCACUAGCUGCAGCCAGCUCCUCCUCAGCAGCAGCAGCAGCAGCGGCAGCAGCGGCAGCAGCCUCCUCCUCUGCUGCCAACACCGAUGCCAUGGUCUAUGAUGCGCAUGUGAAUGCCUCCGCAUUGAUAGACAGUCUCAAUACGCAUGCGCGCGAGGAAUACUAUCAGCAAAAACUCAACAACAACAACAACAACAAGGAUAAUAAGAAGACAGCGACAGCGAAGCCCACCAAAUAUCAUUAUUAUCCACACAAUCAGCACAUCUAUCUGCUGCCCGAAUGCGCCAUCCAGCAGGUCUGCAAUGCGGUCUAUGUCCGCCUCAACUACACCCAGCCGCUCUGCGCCUGUCCAUCAAGAUAUCGUGAUCCCUGCUCGGCCAGCCUCAACGAAGAUGAUCAGCACACCACCAAAUUGGUCGGUGAUAAUAAGAAGAAGGCAAUUACGCUAGCCAAAACGUGCGAGGCAACAACUGAGAUGCGCGAGUGCCGUUCACCCAAGGAUUGGUCCCUGUUGGCGCUGCAAAAUACACGCACUGGCAAAUCUCACUAUCUUGUCAUAUGCCGUUGCCCCGAUCACUUCAAAAUGGAGGGACCCAUGGCUCAUGAUCAGCCCACCUAUGCGAGCGUGCCUGGAAUACGUGUAUUUGGCAUGAUGUGCGUGAAGCCGGGCUACUCGGUGCGCAAGCCCAGCGUGCAGCCACCCAAGCGCUAUCAGCUGCAGAAGCCCUUCUAUCGCCCGGGCACAGGCGGCGGCAGCAACAAUGGCGGCAGCAUAUUGGGCGGACAAAAGGACAGCUAUGGCAGACCCAUUUAUGGCGGGCAGUUGGGCAGCUCGGCCAUCAGCGCGAACUAUCAGCCACAGGAUCAAACGUUCCAGAACGGCGGCAGCAGCUCGUAUCAGUAUCUGAAUCGACCGGAGAGCACACAGCAUACGCAUAGCAGCUCGCCUAACUUCCGACCGGAUCAGUUUGCGCUCAACGGUUUUCCCGGCAGCAAUUACGGACGUAACAAUGAGCGACGCGGCGAGGCGCCGCCCAUCGAAGCAGCUGCCGAGGAACGCGACCAAUUGCCCAGUGGCAGCAGCAGCAGCAGCACACAGUCGAGCGAUGAGGCAGAGGCACGUACCACGCUCCAAGCGGAGCAGAGCGAAGCAACUACGGCGGAGUUGCCGACACAGCCGGAGCCGACGAGCCGUGUUAAGCGAUCGCUCGAUUCGCUGGAUGACUCUGAGCCCGAGUUUCCCUGGGACCGUGUGCUCGAGUUUCAACAGACCAUUGUCUGGGACUAA